UCUUCGAAAAACCGAUAAAAGAAAUCCGCUUAGAACAUUUUUAGUUGUGAAUGAACCGCCGCUACUGUUGUCAGUAAGAGGUGCGCGUUACGAAAACUCUUUGAGAUCUAUUUUCUGCAUUCUAGACAAUAUAAAAGUGUUGGUCAAGCCCAUUUUAAAAAUAAGCUUAUAAUUAGUUUCAAUUUGACUUAAUCAGGUGUAAAACAUGGAGAACAUUCGAGUCGGUUUUUUAUUAAUGAUAUUUUGCAUAAGUUAUGUACCAGUACUGAGUCAGCACAGGAACGUGACUCAAAUCGGUGGACACCGUAACAGUUCUAGGACUGGAGUAUGCGUCUUGGAAGUACCGACAAUUGAUAUCAUAGCGCCUGAAGAUAGAGCUUCCGGUUUGCCACGAGGAAAUGGUUCUAGACCAGACCUAACAAAAAUCGAAAUUUGUUGUUCCGGCUAUGAAAGGAUACCCCACACCUUCAUCCACUGCCAACCGAUUUGUGAGAACGGGUGUGAAAAUGGCAACUGCACAGCCCCUAAUGUGUGUGUUUGUAAAAGGGGAUAUAUUAUGAGCAAAGAAGAAAAAAACAAAUGCAUUCCAACUUGCCCAAUUGGCUGCUUAAACGGGGUGUGCACCAACCGUGGAACAUGCGAUUGCAAUUACGGACACGCCCUGAGUCCUGAUGGUAAAUAUUGUACACCAGUUUGUUCUGGAGGAUGUGGCGCUGGCGGUAAAUGUACUGGACCAGAAACUUGUACUUGCAACCCAGGUUUUGAAGUGAACAGAGAAACAAAUAAGUGCGAGUAUCACUGUGAGGGUGGUUGCGGACAUGGAACUUGUGUUGGACCAAACAAAUGUUCUUGCCUACCUGGCUACAUCUUAAAAGGAAACAAAUGUGAAGCUGACUGUCCAAGAGGUUGCCUUAAUGGAGUUUGCUCUGCUCCGAACAUGUGCACUUGCAAACCUGGAUGGAACUUGGAUAGAACUGGAACACAAUGUGUACCUCACUGCUCCAGUACUUGCUUGAACGCAGACUGUGUUGCACCGGAAACUUGUGCUUGCAAGAAGGGAUACACUGAGGCUCCUGGAACUGGAGGACGUAAAUGUGUAGCAUUCUGUCAAGAUGGCUGUGAAAAUGGGGUAUGCUCAGCACCAAAUUUCUGCAUUUGCAACCCAGGAUUUAUAAAGGAGUUUAAAGGGAGCAACAGGUGUAUUAGGAGAGUGAGAAGAUCACUUUCUGAGCUUCAUUUGGAUUUGAUCCCCGAGGAGGUACUGGAGGGACAUUGAAUACAUUAUGCAUUACACUUUUAUUAUCUAAAUAGGUUAUAUAAGUUGAAAAUAACAUGUUAAGAACAAGUUAUUUUUUUAAAGUGAGCUUAAUAUAAUUAGGUUUAAAAAUUGAAA